AGUCAUUUGUCUUCUUUUUUCUUUCUCCUCCUCCGCCUCCUCUCUUCCUCCUCAAUAGCCUCAAAAUUGGUACCUUAGCCAAUCUCCUCCUCUGAUUUUGGCUCAUCUCAUCACGAAGACUGCUUAGUCCUCUAGUUCUAGUUCGAUUUUAGAAAGCGAUUUCUUAUGGGUUUUUCAGAUUACCGACCAGAAUUUCUUGGGUAAAUUGUAAAUUUAUCUCUUUAAACAUUUUGUAGGUUCUCUUCCAUUCCUUGAUUGAUUUUGCAUUCCUUUGUCAAAGUGGUGGUGACAUAGGCAGUUUUAUCUUUUCUUGAAGAAAUCAAUUUUUUUGGGUUUUCGUCGACUUGAUCUGGUUUUUUUUGACUCGAUUGGUUUCUUAUCGUCGAUAACCCUCAAUCUUUUUUUAUAUCUUUAGAUCUUGGGUUGAAUUUCUCUCACCUCAAAUCCCUAGCUGCCUAUGUCAUCGAUGCUUCACCUUGUCAAUUGAUUCUCCACCGCCAAACCCAUCAGAUUCUAUCUCGCGCGGCAAUUGGGAGACCAAUUGGCUUCAAUAUUGCCACCGAUUGAUCAGUCGGGCUUCUUCUAUCGUUGUCCCUCUCAAUUUCAUCUCCAAAUCAGCUUCUCAGAGUAGUUCACUGGCACAAGAGUCUAUCAAGUGUGGGAGUUGAUGUUUUCGUACUAUAAGCUUUCCCCUCCAAAGUCCCGAAACUCUGCAAAACUAUCUCAAAAUCCUGAAACUACCCUCAAACCCCGAUGAUGGAAGAAUCAUCAUCAAAGAAACAACGAUCUGAUCAAUCCCACAACUCCUCAACCCGACCCGACCCGAUCCUCCAAAAACCACCGGAAUCAUCACCAGCCACGAAAUUCUCAUUCCCGAGACUCCUCCUCUGGUUCGAUCAAUCAAAUCGCGUUAAAACUCUUCUCUCAUGGUCCAUCUUCUUCCUCCUCGCCGUCAUCGUCCCAAUGAUCUCACACUUCGUGCUACGUUGCGCCGACUGCGAUUUCAAACACCGCCGGCCUUAUGACGGUUUGGUUCAGCUCUUGUUAUCGAUCUUCGCAGUUAUCUCGUUCGUUAGUCUCUCGGAUUGGUCCAAGAAGUAUGGAAUCCGAAGGUUCCUCUUCUUCGAUAAGCUUAAAGAUGUGAACGAUAAAGUUAGGAUCGGAUACGAAGCUGAGAUCCAGAGAUCAAUGAAGCUACUAGCUAUCUUCAUCCUUCCAUCGGUAACGCUACAAGCUAUCUAUCGUAUCUGGUGGUAUGCUUCAGGCUUCAACCAAAUCCCUUACAUCAUAAACCCAAUGCUGAGCCAUGUCUUAGCCUGUACACUUCAGCUCUCAUCUUGGCUUUACCGUACAUCACUCUUCAUCAUCGCUUGUAUCCUUUACCAAAACAUCUGCCACCUUCAGGUCCUCCGUCUCGAUGAGUUCGCCCGCUGCUUCGCCUCUGAGAUCACUGAUUUUAGUUCCAUACUCGCCGAGCAUCUCAAAAUCAGGCGUGAGCUGAAGGUUGUAAGUCACCGUUUCAGGCGAUUCAUUGUUUUGUCAUUGUUCUUUGUCACUGCCACUCAGUUCAUGGCUUUGCUUACCACCAUUAGAGCUAGUGUUCCCUUUAAUAUCUAUGAAGUUGGCGAGCUUGCGUUAUGCUCCAUAAGCUUGGUGUCAGGGCUAUUCAUAUGCUUAAAAAGUGCAACGCAAAUGACUCACAAAGCUCAAUCUGUAACGAGCAUCGCCACAAAGUGGAACGUUUGCGCCUCUUUAGAUACAUUUGAUGUUCUUGAUGAUGGAGAGACUCCUAAAUGUCCAACGACGAUACAACAUUCUCAGAUUUUAUCGCGUCGUCGUAAUGUUAUUCAAUCAUCUGAUGAUGAUGAAGAAGGAGAAGGAGAUCACGAUGAUAUUGAGAUACAUCCAAUCUAUGCCAGCGCCGUUUGUGCUCAGAAACGUCAAGCUCUAGUGACCUAUCUAGAGAACAACAGAGCUGGGAUCACAGUUUACGGAUUCUUGGUGGAUAAAACAUGGUUGCGUAUGAUCUUCAGCAUCGAGCUUGCUCUUCUACUAUGGCUGCUCAAAAAGACAAUCGUGAACAUAACAUGAAAACGAAACGAGUGUUCUUGCUUUCUCUCAUAACACACACCAAAUUUGAAACAGAGAUGUGUUCUUUUUUUCACCAAGGCUGCCGUAUAACAGGUUUUUUUUGUACCAUGUAUGUCUGUAUAGAAAUGUUUGGUAGUUUAUUUUUUUCAGUGUUAUAUAUACUGUAUGUGUAUCCAACUCAUAUUUAUUGGUUAUGAAAAACAGGUUUAAAAAUA